AUGAAUGAAAGACUAAGCAACCAAACAUCUGUAGUUCUGUUUGCUGAUCCACCAGCUUUGGAUGAUCUGUGUGUGAUUUCUGUUUGUGUUAAAAAAAUAUUACAGACUGUUCCGUCUACAUCAAGGUUUCAGAUACAAACAAUAAAGUGCAGGGAGAUUAUCUUUACAGAACCAGAUGUUAUUGCAUCACCAUCUUUUGAAUUAGAGUCCAUAUUUCAUGUUGUUCUGCAGCAAGCACUUUUCAAAACUGGAAGACUUCAAACAAGAUUUCAAAAACUUGGACUAGAGAUAAGUAAACCAUCCUUGGUCACUCCAGCACAGUAUCAGUCAUGUCUGAGGUAUACCUUGCUGGCAAAAUUAGCCCCAAACUGGAAUAAAGCAGGGCAGUGGCUUAUUCAAGGGAGAGAUUUCCUUACGCAAGCUGGAUAUGCAAAUGCCAUCAAAAUGGAUUUGACAGUCACAAAUGGAGAACUGUUUUUCACAAUAGAUGCUUCAACAGUAAGAUUUCCUAGUUUAACGAUAGAAGAUUUAGAUGUGCCUGCUCCAUGCUACAAUAAAUUUCUUCACAAUAAAUCUGCCAUCAUACACCAGCAUUCCAUUCCUAUGGUAUGGUGUCAUAUUUUACCAAGUAUGAAGAAAGGAACUAUUGUUAAUAUCACACAUGAGCUACCUGAUGAUGGACCAUUCAGAUCCUAUAAAGAAUUAAAAAGACAUUGGAAAAACCAUUAUGGUUACAGAUUACCAGAAGAAGAGGAUGACAUGAUUUAUUACCAGAUACAUUUUAGACCCCUUGGAGAAAGACUGUUUACAUACCCAGAACCAUGUUUAAGAGCAAGAGAUAUACAGAGGGUACCUAGAGUAGACCCUAAACCUAUUUUAAUUUCAUUUUUGCAAGAUUUGCAGAAAAAGAUGCCUAGAAUUUGUGGAUUUCCACUAAAACUACACAGUAAAGCUUGUUAUCCUACUAUAGACCUAACUGAAGUUACAAAGGUUGAAAAAAGACCAGUACAAAAUUUAAGUACGAAGAUUCCACAAAAGAAAAUAAUUUACAGAAACAAUGAUGACAUUCAGAAGCUUAUUUCAAAAGUUCCAGAGUGUCAUACGUCAAAACAAGAUCAUACAUUACCAGUAUCUUCUGAUGGUAACAAACAGGCUAGUUUAAAAGCAACACAACUUCCUAAUAAUGUAUAUUUGACUCAAAAUAGUUAUGCAGCUGCAGAUGUACAGAGUCAUAUAUCAAAGUUUCAUGAACAUUGCCAAGAAAAGAAUUAUGAUACUUCAUCAUAUAUACAUGAAAGCACUUCCACUGACAAGUUGGGGAUACAUUUACAAGAACCAUCAUUGUUUGCAGGCACUGACAUUGACAAAUCUAGCACUUGUUUAGAAGGAAAACAUCAUAAAACUGUUCCAGUUUUCAAAACAGUGGUUAGACGUGCAAGUCAUUAUGAACAAUCAUCAACACAACCACAAUCUCAAAAAUUAGUUCCUAUAUUUAGGCCAAAGACAUUCAAACCUUCUACAGUUCCAUCAUCACAAAAUGAAGCUCAUAAUAGACAACAUACUGUUGUAGACCAUACAGAUAAUUAUGUCAGUGAUGUAAACUGUGACAAGAACAGAAAACAUGUUGGUAUUCCAAGCUUCCAUGCAAAGAAAACUACAAAGGAACAUUCUUCAAAAGGAAAUGUGAAACAGCCAUUGAAAAGGGUAGAAAAUUUGAAUCUCAAUACUAAAGCAGCACCUAAAAUGUGUUCCAAUUCAGGUAGUAAGAAAAAUCAGACUUUGGGUUUAUCAGUGUCCAAGAAGCCUUUUGGUACAGCAGUGAAUUUAUCACCAUCAAAUAUGAGAAAUGUGAAUGUUCAUGAUCAGUCUCCUUCUAGAAAUACUCUGAUAAUGCAAUCAUCUUCUAAUGAAAAUAGACUGUCAUCUUCAGCUAAAUCUUACAGUUUUCAGAGACCGAUGGGAACAGUACCAGCCACACCUAAAUCUCAUACACAUGUACCUGUAACGCCUAAAUCCUACACACCAUUACACACUACUCCUAAAGCUAACAUGUUGCUUGUUGGAGGAUUGUCUUCAACACCUUGUACUCCAGCGAUGAAGAGACCUUGUCCAUCAAGCAAUGAAAGUACUCCAGCUAUGAAGAAACCAAGACCAAAGCAACAAGUUCAAGAUAUAGAUGUAGAAAUAAUGGCAAGAUCUAACCAGUCAAGCAAUGAAAGUACUCCAGCUAUGAAGAAACCAAGACCAAAGCAACAAGUUCAAGAUAUAGAUGUAGAAAUAAUGGCAAGAUCUAACCAGCUAAACAAAGUUAACACAGUUACACUGAUAAGCUGGCUGAAAGAGAGAGGAAUAACAUGCAAGGCCAAAGACAAGAAAGGAGACUUGGUGGAAAAAGCAUUGAAAUUAUUGAAUUUAAGUGUGCCUGAACAGUGAGCUUCCACAGGAUUCCAAUAAAUGUCCAUUGGUUAUCAAGCUGGUGAAAAACUGCAUUAUUGAAAAACAGUGAUAUAUUGUUAAAAAUCUUUUGUGAUAUUA